AUGUCGCUCUCGAACAAGCUAGCUAUCACUGAUAUUGACCUCAAGGGCAAGAGGGCCUUGAUCCGAGUCGAUUUCAACGUCCCUCUUGAUGCAAACAACAAGGUCACCAAUCCUCAAAGGAUUGUCGGAGCCCUCCCAACCAUCAAAUAUGCUGUCGAGCACGGCGCCAAAGCAGUGAUCCUCAUGUCCCAUCUCGGACGACCAGAUGGCAAAGUAAACCCAAAAUUCAGCCUCAAGCCUGUUGCCCCAGAGCUCGAGAGGCUCCUCGGAAAGCAGGUUACCUUCCUUAACGAUUGUGUUGGCAAGGAGGUUGAGGAUUCCAUUGCCUCUGCCACUGACGGCCAGAUCUUCCUUUUGGAGAACCUCCGUUUCCACGCUGAGGAGGAGGGAAGCUCUAAGGAUGAGUCUGGCAAGAAAGUCAAGGCUGACCCAAGUGCCGUUGAAGCUUUCAGAAAGGGACUGACUGCUUUGGGAGACGUCUAUAUCAACGAUGCUUUUGGCACUGCUCACAGAGCCCACAGCUCCAUGGUUGGCGUCGACCUGCCACAAAAGGUAUCUGGAUUUUUGGUCAAGAAAGAGCUGGAAUACUUUGCAAAGGCCCUCGAAAACCCCCAGGAGCCAUUCCUGGCCAUUCUCGGAGGAGCCAAGGUCUCUGACAAGAUCCAAUUGAUCGACAACCUCCUCACAAAGGUUAAUAGCCUCAUCAUCUGUGGUGGCAUGGCUUUCACCUUCAAGAAGGUGCUCAACAACCUAAAGAUCGGGAACAGCUUGUUCGACGAAGAAGGCAGUAAACUGGUUCAAGGCAUCAUGGAGAAGGCCAAGGCCAAGAACAUCAAGAUCGUUCUGCCAGUUGACUAUGUUACCGGUGAUAAAUUCUCUGCGGAAGCCAAAGUUGGUUAUGCCACCGAUGCCGAAGGUAUUCCUGAUGGUUGGAUGGGACUUGACUGCGGCAAGGAGAGUGUCAAGCUCUUCAAAGAAGUCAUUGGAGAGGCUAAGACGAUUCUCUGGAACGGACCCCCUGGUGUUUUUGAAUUCGACUCCUUUGCUCAAGCCACCAAGGACACCCUCGACGCCGCAGUCGAUGCUGCUCAGAAGGGAAGCAUAGUCAUCAUUGGCGGCGGUGAUACCGCUACUGUUGCUGCUAAGUUUAAGGCUGAAGACAAACUGAGCCACGUCUCAACCGGAGGCGGUGCCUCCCUUGAGCUGCUAGAAGGCAAGGAACUGCCCGGUGUUGCUGCACUCUCGAGCAAGUAA